GCCGCUCUCAGCUGGCAGGCAUUUAAAUGGCAGCUAGCGCGCCGCGUUCCCAAAUCCAAGGCUGAAGCUCGAGCGCCUUACGCGGGAAGAGCAGCAGCAGCAGCAGCAGCAGCAGCAGAGCUUCGGUCGCCGUCGCAGAAUGGCUCACGCAGUUUCUGCUGUUGGUGUCCUCCUUUUGUUCAGUCUUCUCCUGCCCUCAGCAGAGGGUAGCAAGAGGAACCGUGGAUCACAAGGAACCAUCCCUUCUCCUGACAAAGCCCAGCCCAAUGACUCCGAACAGACCCAGCAGCCGCCCCCACCACCGGGCUCCAGACCCCGGGGGAAGGAGAAGGCCAAAUCUACUGAAGAGGUGCUGGAAUCAAGCCAAGAGGCAUUGCAUGUCACGGAACGAAAGUAUCUGAAAAGGGAUUGGUGCAAAACGCAGCCGCUUAAGCAAACGAUCCAAGAGGAAGGCUGCAGAAGCCAAACCAUCAUUAAUAGAUUCUGUUAUGGUCAGUGCAAUUCAUUCUAUAUCCCAAGGCAUAUCCAUAGGGAAGAAGGUUCCUUCCAGUCGUGUUCAUUCUGCAAACCAAAGAAAUUUACCACCAUGGUGGUUACACUGUCCUGCCCAGAAAUGCAACCUCCAAUCAAGAAAAAAAGAAUCACCCGAGUUAAAGAAUGCCGCUGUAUAUCCAUAGACUUGGACUAGAAGGGAUCAUGGAGGAUAAUCUGCUCACCAGGGCAUUUCCUCCUUCAAACCAGGCAUCUUAACCUCUUUAGGUAUGUCCAAAUGGGACAUGAAUCAAAGAGAAUUGCAACAAACAGUAUGUGUUACUCCUCUGUAGGUGUGAACUACAGCUUUGAAAGUUAAAUCAUUUGGAGUGUAUCUUAGGCUUAGUAAUACACUAAUUGCUCCUGUCCUGGGAUUCUGCACUUGAAUCUGUGCCAUUGACUCUCUCAUGAUCAUCAGUAGCAGUUAUCUGUUGUAGAUUUGGAGACAUUUUUCAGAAUUAUGUUCUGAGGAAAAUAUGGAAAGGAAUUAAGUUAAUUGCAGGGAGUGCCGUUGUGAUGGAGAAGAAAGCUUGUAUGUUAUCACCUUCAUUUGGACAUUAAAUAGCCACGUCUAGACCUAAGAAGGAAAGAGAAACAGGGAAGGCAGAAAAAUGAACAAGGGAAAGAAAAGUAAUGUAUACACUGCCCCCUUGAAUAUCUUGAAUAUUAUUUCUGAUUGCAUUUCUCAAGCCAACAGUAUCUUUCAAUACUGUAUAUAUUCGUCUGUAAACCCAUCUGCUGAUAAUAUGACCCUUGCAUUUUUUGCUUGGACAUCAACCCAUUUUUCAAGGUACCAUCUCCCAUUGAAGGUGUCUGCUUCUUCCAUACCACAAUUGUUGUGGUUGUCUAAGCUUCCUCUACUAUAGAAGUAUAGAAAGGAGGGACGAAAUUUUUUCUCCUUUCUCCUUGCUUUCUUAAUUGAUCUGAUUGUAUGGAGGAGAAAGCCAUCAGAUAACCCCAUUGCGCAAGCUGAAGGGGCACUAGCUGGACCUGAAAUAUUCUUGCUACUCACUAAAAUACCAUGUAAAAAUAUUCCACCCAUGGAUAAACUGAUACUUGAAAUUUGCUUAUUUGAAGAUGGGUUUAUAUAGGAAUAUAUACACUAGUACUUAAAAAAUUUGGAGGGGAAAACUUAUCAGAGUACCUCUAGCAGGGGUGAAACCCAGCAGGUUCUGACAGGUUCUGGAGAACCGGUAGCAGAAAUUUUGAGUAGUUCGGAGAACCGGUAGCGGAAAUUUUGAAUAGUUCAGAGAACCAAAAAAUGUCAUCUCUGGCUAGAGCCAGAGUGGGAUGGGAAUGGAGAUUUUGCAGCAUCCUUCCCCUGCCACACCCACCAAGCCAUGCCCACAGAACCGAUAGUAAAAAAAUUUGAAUUUCACCACUGACCUCUAGGUAAGUCUAUCCAUGGAUAAACCAACCCAAAUUUGGGGGGUGAAUUGGCACCUGAAAUUUUCAGUUUUUCUGCAAGCAUAUAUGAAAAUAUUAAAUGUUAAUUGCACAGUUACUCUUUAAAGUCAACUUGCCUAAUAUGUAUGUUGACAACUAUUUACACAUGUAUCCCUUCCAGAGCCACACAUUGUAUAAUUCAUACAUAGUCAGUUCAUACAGAAAGUGAAGCAUUGCAAUAACCAUUUUUAACCGCAAAUAUCACAGAUUUAAAAUUUUCAGGGAAGAUCCUAAAUAACCUUGCUGAUGCUUCCCAAUUUUCUUCAACUUGUCACAAGUGGAAUUUGGACGAAGUUAAGAUAAUGAAUAGUUUUUAAUGUGAAUCUGGCUAAAGAAAUGCUUCUUCCAUGCUGUGAUCAUGAGAGAUGCAUUAUCUCACUAGAGAAUUCUGUUUUCAGACAGUCAGAUUUCUGCCAUUAAACAUCGCUCUUAGUUAUUUAAGACAGAAGAAAUGACAGAAUAUACCAGCUAUAAUUUUUUUUUGCACUUUUUCUGAAAUUUGUGAAGGUUAGGGUUAGCUAGACCAAUGUUUUUCAAUACUUAGCAACCUUAAGAUUCAACUUUAACUCUCAGAAUUCCCCCAGCCAGCAUGACCCUUAAAUUUCGAUUGAAUACAUACAGAGUGUGACUCUCAGUGAGACUCUGUGUGACAUUCAGGUAGCCAGCUUUCUUAACAUGCAUAGCUGGCAUCUGGAAAUCAUAAUAUCCUUGAAGUUACACUAGGGAAGAAAAUCUGUCCUGCCUCUUCCUUGAAGUGUAUCUCCAAAGCUGACUAGUGAUCUCCUAAAGUAGUGUUAAUGAUAUAUCUUUUAAUUACUAUAGUGCUGGUAGUCUAGUAGAUACAGCAAAGUUACGGAUCACCUAAUGAUGCCAGCUUCUGUGAAAUAUUGUUGCUUCUUUACAGACAAGAAGAUAGCAAACUUAAGCAGUGUUGCUGUGUGUAUGUGUACGUGUAUCUCCAGUCUGGUAUCUGAUGUAGCCUUCUGGGCUGAAAUAUUUGUUGACGAACAAGUGGUAUUAGAAGAACAGCAGAAAAAAAACCUUCCCGAUGAAUUGGGAAUUUAUGUGGGAACCAAAUGGACUGUAGUUUCAACCUGAUCUUUAUGCCUAGUUGCAUUUUUUUAUGUGGAAAAGAGAAGCAAGAAUGUGCUCCAAGACUGGAAGAAAUUCUGAGUUGUGUUAAGACAGUGACAAUUGUGUGGCUGUAUAGAAGGCAUCAGGUGACAUUUCAGCCUGUUAAUCAUCGGUCUAUAAUCUACCAUCUUUCAAGCAUUAUCUGGUCUUUAUGGUACAGUCUCUUUUUUGCUUCUGCCCAGCAUUACAGCGAAUGAUACUUUAUUAUAAUGUUAUAGCAUAACCAUAUAUAUAUCUAUAUUCCAGGAACACAGACUGGAUCAAGAAGCUACUAAAUGCCACCUCAUUAAACACAGUUAUAAAAAUGACUUGUUUUUCGAAGCCACAGCAAUAACAGAGUUAAUUUUUUUGUCAGUGCAGUAAUAAUUUAGAGAACAGCUGUGGGUACAGACCUUCCGCAUUAGACACUUCAGCCACUAGACCUAUAACGAGAUAGCAUCCACAUUACAGUAUCUGCAAUCUUUCAUCAAAAUGCUUCCUGACCUCACAGAUACGAGCCUAAUAUGCCAGCUUAUAUUAGCACAUUACACUGCAUCAUAUCCCCAGGCUUCAUUUUUGGGAGGUGAUUGUUAAAAUAUGACAUCUGAGCUACAAAUGAUAUUUUCCACUAUGUGGAUUGUGAAGUAGAAAGAUAUUUAAUGGCAUUGCCAUGUGUGUAGGAUAUGAGUGUUGCCUAAUUCAGAGCAUGUUUUAGACAAAAAACUUCCCUUUCCCUUUUGAACUGUUGGAAACUUGUGCUGAUCUUUUUCUUCCAGCAUUUGUUAUAAAGGACACAAAGCAAUUCAGCAUUCUGGAUAGGACCAUUCUGAAGUAAGAUUUGCCAAGAAUAUGAGAUCCUAAUACAAAAGUCCUGACUCUUAUGUACAAACAGCACAUUUUCAAACAAAUAUAGAUUCUAUAAAGAACUUUUAAAAACGUUUAUUCUUAAGUAAAACCAUUCUACAAAAAUUGAUUUGCUGUACAUAAAAUUUAAAAUACAACCUUAAAUAUUUAAAUGUGACUGUAAGCCGAUACUCCUUCUUGUAGAAUUUCACAAUGCAAAUGUUGGUUUUAAAAAUAAACUUUCUCUAUUAU